AUGCUGCUUAUCGUGCUAUGCCCUGUUCUUGCCGGAGCUCAUCGUGAGAGGCUGGGAGCGGCUCGCUGCUGCCCGUUGACUGGCUCGGCGCUUCUGGCACUGGCCUUUCACCGCCUGUUUCUGCCGGCCGGUAUCAGAGCCGUCAGCCUCAAUCUUCGAAUAUUUCACCUCUGGACAAAGGCUAACCCUGCGCUGAAGGGCCCCAUAUGUGUAUCCACUUCCCGUUCACUACCCUACUACCCAACCCAUGGCACACACAAUCGCUCCCACUGCUGCCCUUCCCUUGACCACUCCCAACCCCGCCGCCGUCUCCACCCCGUCCCCAUCAACCGCACUCACCGCCCUGCCCGGCAGCGGUGCCUCCUCCAACAACACCUUCCUCAUGUCUGCGAGCCCGGUGCGCAGCCGCAAGUCGCUUGGAGAUGGCUACAAACCCAAAAUGAUCUCCACAAUUGGUGCCAAGCCUGCCUGCCUCGUGAAUGCAUCCGUUACAUAUGUCGGCGACGACCAAAUCUACGCUUUCGGAGGGUUCGACCAAUUCACGGAUGAAGUUUAUAAUCACGUCUUGCGUCUGAACUUGGUCACGCGCCAAUGGAACCUCGUCGACAACUAUGGCGAUAUCCCUGGAGUGCGUAUGGGCCACACAGCAUGCCUCUGGCAGGGGAGCAAGCUCCUGGUCUUUGGCGGAGAGAAUGAGCAUCGCCAGCACCUCGCCGACGUUAUAGUAUUCGACCUUAAGACGGCGCAUUGGACGCAGCCCGAGCUGCACGGCGUUAUACCGCGCGGACGUGCUCGUCAUUCUGCGGUAAUCUACGAUGACAAGCUGUACAUCAGCGGUGGCCAGACAGGACAUGAUAGCGUUCUAGACGACAUUUGCUAUCUCGAUCUCAAGACAUGGACGUGGUCGCGUUCAUGGCGCUUCGUACCGCGAUACGACCACGCCAGCUGGAUCUCGAAUGGCCGUAUCUGGAUCUUUGGCGGUAUCAAUGACGAUCUGGAGAAGAACAAUGAGAUUUGGUGGCUUGAUCUGCGUGGCAGCCCUGAGUUCGACAGUGCCAUGAAGUACGGAACUGGUGAACGCCAACUUACAUCUUCGCGACAACGGUUCCAAGCACCCGCCUCAGGACAUCUUACUGCGACCGGUAGUACCGGCUAUACCGCAAACUCGAGCGUGCAGUCUUACCACGGCAUGAGCUCUCACAGGUCGCCAUAUGUCGCACCUGGUUCUAUCUCGUCACUCAAGUUCCAUUCGAGUCCAAAUUUACCAUCACAAGCGUCUGGCACGCAUUUCCAUGUCUUUUCAUCUGGUUGUCUACUCGACUUCGUCACCCCCGCAGAGCUCAACUGCGAAACGAGCCUUUCUAGUCUGGAACUUGACACUCUUCGUUGGCAGAAGAUCGCAGAUGGCAAGGAUCUGUAUAGCCCCAACUACCGCUGGCACUAUUGCACAACCAACCCCGAAGGCACGCACGCUUGGCUGCUGGGUAGCCCUGUUGAAACGACAGCUGAUGGGACGCAGAACAGCGAGUACCUUAGCGAUGUCCUUGCUAUUGAUCUGCGCAAGUUCGGUGUCUUGGGCAACGAGCUUGCUUCUGAUGCACGAUCAAAAACCAUGCCGGCGUCAGACGCCAACGUCUCCUCGCAUCUUACCGGUAUCGGUGCAGAUCUGUCUAUGACUUUCGACCAGGCACCAGAGACUGGCAGUGGCGCAGACUUCGUCAUUACCGCCGACGCUGAUGACGAUGACGAUGUUGGUAUAGAGCCAUCGACCGACGGAACACCUGUCUCGCGGCCGAUCCACGUCCACAAGUUCAUCCUGCACGCACGAUGGCCGCACUUCGCUAGGUUGUGGGCGGCCCAGAUGUCCGAGUUUCACUCUAAGAAGAUGCACAUUCCAGAACCAUACUCGGCAGUCCGCGCCUUCUUAUUCUACCUCUACACCGACAGCAUCGCACCAAACCCGUCGAACGGCCCUACUCUUCCUGAUGUAGCUGGUAUGCUCGUCAUGGCCAACAUCUACGACAUGCCGCGGCUCCGCCUACUAUGCGUCAACCGCCUCGCAAGGGAGCUGGACAUAGAACAUGCAGCAAUCAUCUGGGAGCGCGCUGCCACUGCAGGCGAGGACUGGCUGAAACAGCGAGCAGCAUCCUUCUGCCUGCAGAACUUCGGUCGCAUCGUUCGCACGGCGGGCUUCAAGAGCCUGCCUGCAGGCAGUCUGAUCGAGCUCUGUAAUGAGGCUACGCCGGAGUCGCGUGUCGUUGGUGCUGAGGAACUGGAGCUGCUUGGUCAGAGCCGCUUCGGUGUCGCGAGUAAUCGUAAGAGGAGCUUGGGCAGCGCUGGAGUGCUCACUGCAGGUGAAGAGGAAGGGGACGAGGAUGUGGAGGAUGACGGAAUGGAUGUCAACUAGGGGGACCGACAGGCCAUACGCGAAGGAUUGAACGAGUUGCAGACAUGGUAGGGCAUCGAGAGCCCCCUUGAGGAGGUUUUCUAUUUGACGAUAGCAUUUCGCGCGGCGCUUGGUUGCUUACUGGAGGGAACGAAUUUGUUAUUAGCGUGAACGACGCAUUUCGUGGGAGUUUGGAUAGUGUGCUCUUGGACUGAGCAGUAUCGACAGGUGCAAGUAGUCCGCGCUUUAUACUCCGUCUCUGAAUG